AUGGCACCGCCGCCUGAAAUCGCGAUACCCUCUACCAGCACUUCGACUGCGGGCGCUUCGAAGCCCUAUACACUUUAUAAUAUCACCCUUCGACUGCCCCUCCGAUCAUACGUCGUUCAGAAGCGUUACAGCGACUUUUUGAACCUCCAUAGCACCCUGCGUGAGGCUGUCGGCACACCGCCUCCCGAACCUCUCCCUGGGAAACAUUGGCUCAAAAGCACAGUCAACUCGCCAGAGUUGGCGCAGCAACGACAAGCAGGCCUUGAGAAGUAUCUCAAGGCCAUAGCCGAGAGUCCAGAUCGGAGAUGGAGGGAUACAUCAGCAUGGCGGGCUUUUCUAAAUCUGCCUAGCAGCAGCACUACAAACUCGGCUGUGUCAGCAGGUGGCAUGGUGGGUAGCAACACCGCUGUUGGAGCGGCAGAUCCUCACACGUGGCUAGAUGUAUACCGCGAAGUAAAGGGAUGCCUCCACGAGGCGAGGCAGUGCCUUUCACGAAGAGACGGGGCUAGUGACAGUGGGAACAACUCUGCCGCCGCAGAGGCUGGGGCAGCGGCCAAAAAGUCACUGAUCAAGACCGGCACCUUGAUCAGUAGCCUCGGAGACGGCCUUCGGAAGAUGCAGGAGUCCGGCAGGCUGGGCGAGGGGGAGCUACGCCGCAGGCGAGACCUCGUGGCAAACGCAAGGAUGGAACGCGUUGGCAUGGAGAAGCUGGCGAAAAGCACACCCUCGCCGGCAGCAGGACGAGGCGGAGCCAACGCCGAUACAAAGACUGCUAAGUCGGACAAAGCUGACUUGCUACGAGGUGGCAGGCCCGGGGGUCGUGUGCUGGGGGCACCCCUACCGGAAACUGACAAGACUCGGGAACUGGACAAUGAAGGCGUCUUGAUGCUUCAACGCCAGGAGUUGGAAGAUCAGGAUUUGAGUAUCAACCAGCUUGCCGCGAUCAUCGCCCGACAGAGGGACAUGGGCGUCCAAAUCGGUGAAGAGGUUGACAGGCAGACCAAGAUGCUAGAGAUGAUGGACGAGGAUGUCGACCGCGUGUCUGGCAAAGUCAAGGUCGGCAAUGCACGCCUCAAAAAGUUCUGA